UUGUUGUUCGCUUCCUCCGUGUAUUGUAUGUGUUUAUAUUGGUUUCUUCUGUAAAAUCAACUAAAUUUUCACAAUGAGUGCCGAGGAGGAAGUGUUACGGAUUCAAAAGAAAUUGAACAAGAUGUCGAGCGGUGACGGGACGGGUCAAGAGCAAGCAUUGGACUUACUCAAAGUAUUACAGAAACUGCCUGUUGAUUUAGAACUUUUGACCAAAACCCGUAUUGGAAUGACAGUAAAUGCACUGAGGAAAUCUAGUAGAGAUGAAGAAGUUAUAUCUCUAUCCAAAACUCUCAUUAAAAAUUGGAAGAAAUUCUUGUCUGGAUCAAAUAAGGAAAAGGAUUCCACUUCUUCGAGCAGUUCAAAGAAGAGAGAUGAUAAGUCAGAAAAAAAUAAAGAUGAUGGAGACCAGAAAAAAGAUAAGGAUAGUAUGGAUGGUGAUGUCAAAAUGAAAGAAGAAAAACCUCAUAAAGAUUUUCAAAGGAAACAAUCCACAUUUCCUGCACCUACCACAACAGAUGCUGUUAGGCUUAAGUGCAGAGAAUUACUAGCAGCAGCUUUGAGAGUGGAUGGAAAAUCAAUCGAAGGUUGUGCCUCUCCAGAGGAACUGGCAGAGGAAUUGGAGGAAGCAAUUUAUGCAGAAUUUAAAAAUACUGACAAUAGAUACAAAAAUAGGGUGCGAAGCCGGGUUGCAAACUUGCGUGACGCGAAAAAUCCGAAUCUCCGAACCAACUUCAUCGCUGGUGCGAUAACGCCCGCUCGGCUUGCUGCUAUGACUGCUGAAGAAAUGGCAAGUGACGAAAUAAAACAGCUAAGAGAACAAUUCAAGAAGGAAGCAAUUAACGAUGCACAGCUUGCUACAGUGCAAGGAACGAAAACUGAUUUAUUGAAAUGCGGCAAAUGCAAGAAACGUAAUUGCACAUACAAUCAAGUACAAACGCGUUCGGCUGACGAACCUAUGACUACUUUUGUGCUAUGCAACGAAUGUGGAAAUCGGUGGAAAUUCUGCUAAAUAGCCUGACUUAUCGAAGUUCUUUCUGGAGAAGAAAUGUAUUUCGUUCAAGACCUACCUAUUAACAUUUAUUAGAGUUAACGAGUUAUCAUUGAAGAUAUAGUGCAUAAAAUUACGAUUCACGGACUGUACAUU